AUGUCGGCUCCACUGACCUCUGAGCAGGUCAACUAUUUAGUAUGGCGCUAUCUGCAGGAAUCAGGUUUUGAAAAAUCCACAUUCUCCUUUCAAGAUGACUGCAGGGCACAGCACCUCGAAGGGAAAUUCAAAAACUGGGUCAAGCCCGGUGCUUUAAUAAAUAUAAUCCAGAAAGGCCUCCAGUACCUGGCAUUGGAGGCAUCUAUAUACGAAAAUGGGACUAUAGGGACGACAAAAGUCUUUUCAUACUUCGGGCCGCCGAAUGGUCAAGAAGAGCCUACAGCUGCACCGCCGUCGACAGACGUACCAAUGGAAGAUGCGGCCAACGAUAUAGAGAUGACGAAUUCACUACCCAUACCGGCGCAACCACACGAGGAAUCGAACGGAGUAUCCAUAGAAGUGGAAGCGCAAAAGGCAGAGCUGUUACGCGAGCCACCUCAAACAAAUGGAACCGUCACCCCUAUUAAACGUAGCCACGAUCUCGCUACAACAACGGCCCCCGAAGUGAAUGGCAUACACAGUCAACGAACUAAGAGAGCGAAGACUGCUGCUGCUGUUGGCGAGGACGCCAUGAUAAUUGAUGGAAUCAGUCUACCCGACACUACAUCCGAAGAGGUUAGGGCGACUAUCGGGAGUAGUAUAGGUGUCCAGGCAGACGAGUACAUUCAGUUAGACCGCGAAUCAACAGGUGUCUAUCACCUUUCGCCAUCGGAUACAUCCUUAGACUCCGCUGCGAGGAAUUGCAAAUUCAGUCCCUCCAAUAAGAAUAGUCUAGCCGUGUCACUGGAUACAUGUCAUAUGUUCAACCUCGGCGACGAGUUAUUCACGCCUAACCAGAACGUGCAGGAUCUGGUAUUAUUUCAACAGUUUGGGGAAGAGAUGUCAACAAUCGCUUGGAGUGAUAACGGCGAACAUCUAGCAACAGCAUCUUGGGAUGGUUUGAUUAAGAUCUGGGACGAUAAGGGCCGCCUACGACAAUCGCUUAAGAUGCACCGUGCGCCGAUACUGAGCCUAAAAUUUCACCCAGCAAAGUACAACCUACUUCUCAGCGUUGAUGGGCAUAGUAAAGUGAAUGUAUGGGACGUCACAACAGGAAAGCUAAAGAAGCAAUGCGAGCUCUCGGUUGAAAACAGCGUAAACGAAAAGACAACGCCCUAUGACGCAGAUUGGGUAAACGACAAUACCAUUGUUGCUGUUGGAGGUAACGGCGCAGUCGAAAAAUUUGACUUAUCCAUGCCCUUAGAAAAUGGGCCACAUUUGGAUUCGAUUGUGAGGUAUGAAGGGCACGAUGCGCACAAGAAUGUUAGUUCAGUCAUUUGGAGUAGUGGCCACGAUAUGUUUGCGACAGGAGGUGAAGAUGGGAAAAUAAUGCUAUGGAAGCCGUCUCAGUUCAAACCAGUAGGCAUCCUCGAAGGUCAUCAAGAUGAAAUAAGUUUUCUUCAACUUUCCCACGGCAGCAAUUCCUCGGAGUCGCUUCUCGCGUCGUCGUCCGCAGACGGUAGCGUUAGGAUCUGGAAUAUCGAAAGCAGGAUAUGUUUGCAUGUUCUUUACAUGCAGUCUCCAGUCGACGUUCUUUCUUUUACAGCCGAUGGCAAAUAUUUGGCGGCGGGAGCCCAAAACCUUAUAGUUAUGAUCUGGCUCACAGAAACGGGGCGAUUGGUCGGAAUGUAUGAUGCAAAACCUGGGGAGGAUGUAUUAUCCGUGCAAAGCACCAUGGAGGAUUUGAGCUGGGAUAAAGAGGGCAGUAGAUUGGCCGUCGCAGUCAGAGAUCAGAAGUGUGCAAUAAUCGAUUGGAAAACAUUACUAAAUGACGCCGCUACCAAAAGACUACGGUAG